AUGGGAGACUUCGAUUCCAAUCCAACACUACUAAUCGAUCGGAAUCCCAUCCAGCCGCCACUUCCUGAAGGAAGAAGCUAUGAGAUUUCACCGGAGAUCAUUGGAGGUGCACCCAAGGAGUACUUAAAGUGCAAACUAUUCUCUUUCACUUUGACAGGGAAGGCUUUGCGCUGGGUUAAGUCUCUUCCAGCUCAAUCCAUAACCACAUGGAAAGAGUACAAGGUGGCAUUCCUAGGUCACUUUUUCACAAAGCAAAGAGCAAACUUGUUGAGAGAAAAGAUCUCUAGUUUCCAACAAGGGCCGGUGGAGCCUUUUCAUGAAGCAUUGGAGCGCUUUAAGGACUAUACAAGAGAGUGUCCUAACCAUGGGCUAUCUGAGGGCAGUCUAUGGAACAUUUUCUACAGAGGAAUAAGUGGGAAGUGUCGAUUUUCUCUUGAUACAGCCAGCAAUGGAAAUUUCAUGACCAAGACAGUUACUGAAGCAAAGAUUUUGAUUGAAAAUCUAGCCUCAAGCGACAGUGACAACUUCAUUGGGCAUGAGAGAGCAGUGAAGGCCAUAAAUUCUGAUCCAUACAGAGAUGGAUACAGCGAAAUCAAAGCCAUGAUGGCUGAGAUACUGAGAAACCAAGGAAGAGAAGUGGAGAGACAAAGAGAAGCUUAUAGAGUUGAAUCCACAAUAAUUCAAGACUACUUUGGAGAUUUGAUUCCAAGCUUUCAAGAAGAAGUAAACUUUGUUGGAAUAGAUGGAUCACACAUGGAGAAGAAGCUUGGAAAGGGAGAGCAUGAUGUUUUUACUCAAGAAUCACCCAAUGAGAAGAGGGAUGUUCAUGGAGGAAGAAAUUAUCAGCAACCACCUCACAAGAGAAGAAUGGAGCCAAGGAGCAAUUUUGAAGAUUUGAUAACUUUCAUCAAGAGUUCUCAUAGAGAGCACACAGCCUUGAUUGAUGAGAGAUUGGAGUCAGCCUUCACGAGAUUGAAUGAGAAGUUGGAUUCUAUUUCUUCUUUCACAAGAGACUUGGAUCUUAGAGUUGCCAACAUAGCCAGCUCUAUUAAGAGAGAAGAAGGUGCUACCAGGAAAAGUGGAAAUCAAUCCAAGGAGAGCAGCUGUAGCAGCUAUCACUCUUAG